AUGGCGGCCAUGUAUUUUACAACCCACAAGCCCCUAAACCUGGCAGCCAUGUAUUUUACAAAUCACAAGCCACUAAAUCUGAAAGACAUGUAUUUUACAAACCACAAGCCCCUAAACCUGGCAGUCAUUUUUUUUACAAAUCACAAGCCACUUAACCUGGAAGACAUGUAUUUUACAAACCACAGGCCCCCAAACCUGAAAGACAUGUAUUUUACAAACCACAAGCCCCCAAACCUGGCAGCUAUGUAUUUUACAAACCACAAGCCCCAAAACCUGGAAGCCAUCCAUGUAUUUUACAAACCACAAGCCCCAAAACCUGGAAGCCAUGUAUUUUACAAACCACAAGCCCACAAACCUGACAGCCAUGUAUUUUACAAACCACAAGCACCAAACCUGGAAGCCAUGUAUUUCACAAACCACAAGCCCCCAAACCUGGCAGCCAUAUAUUUUACAAACCACAAGCCCCCAAACCAGGCAGCCAUGUAUUUUACAAACCACAAGCCCCUAAACCUGGUAGCCAUGUAUUUUACAAUCCACAAGCCCACAAACCUGGCAGCCAUGUAUUUUACAAACCACAAGCCCAAAAACCUGCAAGCCAUCCAUGUAUUUUACAAACCACAAGCCCACAAACCUGGCAGCCACGUAUUUUACAAAUCACAAGCCCACAAACCUGAAAGCCACAUAUUUUACAAACCACAAGUCCCCAAACCUGGCAGCCAUGUAUUUUACAAACCACAAGCCCACAAACCUGGCAGCUAUGUAUUUUACAAAUCACAAGCCCCUAAACUGGCAGCCAUGUAUUUUACAAAACACAAGCCCACAAACAUGGAAGCCAUGUAUUUUACAAACCACAAGCCCACAAACCUGGCAGCUAUGUAUUUUACAAACCACAAGCCCCUAAACCUGGCAGCUAUGUAUUUUACAAACCACAAGCUCAAAACUGGCAGCCAUGUAUUUUACAAAUCACAAGCCCACAAACCUGGCAGCUGUGUAUUUUACAAACCACAAGCCCACAAACCUGGCAGCCAUGUAUUUACAAGCCACAAGCCCCUUAACCUGGCAGCCAUCCCCAAAACCUGGACGCCAUACAAACCACAAGCCCCUAAACCUGGCAGCUAUGUAUUUUACAAACCACAAGCCCCAAACCUGGAAGCAAUGUAUUUUACAAACCAUAAGCCCCCAAACAUGGCAGCCAUGUAUUUUACAAACCACAAGCCCCAAAACCUGGAAGCCAUGUAUUUUGCAAACCACAAGCCCCCAAACCUGGCAGCCAUCCAUGUAUUUUACAAACCACAAGCCCCAAAACCUGGAAGCCAUGCAUUUUACAAACCACAAGCCCCAACAUUGGCAGCCAUGUAUUUUACAAACCACAAACCCACAAACCUGGCAGCCAUGUAUUUUACAAACCACAAGCCCCCAAACCUGAUAGCCAUGUAUUUUACAAACCACAAGCCCCCAAACCUGGCAGCCAUCCCUAAAAAUGGCAGCCAUGUAUUUUACAAACCACAAGCCCCUAAACCUGGCAGCUAUGUAUUUUACAAACCACAAGCUCCUAAACCUGGCAGCUAUGUUUUUUACAAACCACAAGCACCUAAACCUGGCAGCUAUGUAGUUUACAAACCACAAGCCCACAAACCUGGCAGCUAUGUAUUUUACAAACCACAAGCCCCUUAA